AUGAUUGAUGAAUCACGGAUUGAAGGUUUAUCGGUGAUUGCCGUUGCAUCAACAGGUAUCGCAGCCACAUUUUUGAGGUAUGGUCGUACGGCUCAUAUUGCUUUCUCAUUACUUCUCAAAGGACUACGUGCUAAUUCGGUGGCCGGAGUAGAUGCAUCGUCUGAUAAAGCGAAGAUGCUCCGGGAUGUUGAAGUCAUAAUCUGGAAUGAGAUUUCCAUGCAGACUAGGUAUGCCGUGGAAUAG